AUGCGAGCCGUCCUGGUUAGGCUGGCUGGGCUCACGCUCUAUGUCCUUGAGCUACAAUCAGGCACACUAAAAUUGCUUCACGAACGGCCCAACAGAAAAGCAAUGUCCUAUGAACUAAACGCAGAAGAUUUCGCAGAUUGUGCAGACGAAGUCGAUGACAGUACCGUUACAUGCAUGGAUCCUGCUCUCGAGACAAGUGCCGUAGGGCUAAGCCUAUGCCUGGUCCAGAACGACGGAAUACUCAAAGUAACUCUUGAGGGUGGGCAUGGCGGAUCUGUGGACUGGGUAUUUCAAGGGUUAAAAGACCUCAACAAAGGCAGCACGAUGGCUUGUGCGUUCACGCAGACAGAUCUUGAAGUCCCGCUAUGCAAUGAAUGCGUUGGAUUCGUACCUCCAAAACUAUCCGUCAGCACUGUCCAGACAUCCUCCAUCAAUCCUAGUGCAGAUCACAUCGUCCAGCCUCCAUUAUCAGGACUCAGCACUAUAUCAACGAUCGAGACAUACCCUACCGAACCUGUGUCUAGAUAUAAACAUUCAGUAGCAGAGCUCAGGAUCGAGUCGCCAACUUCCGAAAAGGAAACCGAACUCAAGCGCAAAGCAACCUCAGACGUGGAGCGAGUUCUUCUACACAAACGUGCAAAAAGCUUGCACAACUCCCAGCCAUGGCCCAACCACUUAUAUAUGACGUGUGUCCGCACCCAGCCUAUCUCUAAGAGCGACAUUGGAACGUUGCACAUUGACCUUGUAAAAGGCACAGCGUGGUUCGAGAGCUGGCAUGGAAAGGAGAACACACGAGUGUUUGAGAAGAAACAGAUCGAUAUGCAUUGUCCUUCAACAAGCAUCCAUUACUUACCUUACGGCACCACCAAAGGGACAGACGGAUCGACCCAUUAUCUCAACAUUGGCAGGCUCAAUACAAGGGAUGAAUGGACUGCUGUGUUCAAAGCAGACUGUUCUGCCCCCGGAUGGCAGAUAUGGGGUUCAGAUACAGACACCAGUCCAGGUCCUAAUCCUACUCUGGCAGACAAAGAAUGGAUUGAAGUCAGGAGAUACCGCAUGAUAAGCAAAAUCCCCUGUCCUCAGCCCACAUGGAUAUCAACGCACAUCUCGCCUUCCAACAUCGUCGACGCGCUUGUUCACUGCGUCGAUCGAGCGUCACAACGUCAGGCUAUCCAUGACCCAGAGGGUGACCACGAACUACAGGAACAUCUGAAUCAAUUUAGAGCUCUUAACGCCACAGAGAGUUUGACUGCAAACGACAUGGAUGAGUGA